CCGGACCACACUGAGAAGGAGACCAUGUGGUCCCUCAUGGACAUCAAGCCGCAGACAGGAAUAGAGCUGACAGAGAGCCUGGCCAUGCUGCCGGCGGCCAGCGUCAGCGGCCUCUACUUCGGCGGCAAGUGCAGCAGCUACUUUGCUGUGGGGAAGAUCACUCAGGAGCAGGUGGCGGACUAUGCGCUGCGCAAGAAGAUGGACGUGAAGGAGUGCGAGAGGUGGCUGGCCACCAUGCUGAACUACGAGCCUUGA